AUGGUCAACAACAAGAAACGAAAAAUUCUGGACGCAGAAGCUGUCGCCUCUUGCCUGCACCUGCGUGGUGCAAGUGAGACCACAGUUUUGGCUAUCCAGAAUCGACGCGCGCAGGAAAAUGAGAAAUGGUCCAAGGGUACUUUCUGGCGCCGCGUUAGUGAGUACUACGCCCCUCUCCAGAAGUGCUACUGCCGCUUGACGCUGCAAGGAACCCGUGGCUCGGAGCUAGACUUCUGGGUGGCAGACGCCCAAGCGAUGCUGCAGGAAGUCGCGGCUAAGAGCUCGCAAUGGUGCUCCAUGCUGCAAGCCGCGCUCGCGAGGACUGCAACUCUUCGCGUCCUGUUGUAUCACGACGAGUGCACAGCGGGAAACAUCUUAAGUCCCCAGAAGAAGCUCAAGGCCACCAUCUGGUACCUGACUUUCCAAGAGUUCGGCCAUGUUACGGCCAAGGAAAAUGCAUGGCUGCCCGUGGCGCUGCUGCAGCAUCACGUAGCCGAUACCGUGCUGGGCGGUGUCUCAGCUGCCACGGUCAAGGUGCUGCAGCAUAUCCUGCAGCCUGCCAACAGGCAAGGCUUCGACCUGAACAUGGGUGCCCAUGGUGCACGGGCUCGAGUUCAGCUCGCUCCCACGGCUCUCUUCAUUGCAGAUCACGAUGCCCAACGUGCCACUUACUGCAAUAAAGGUUCCAGCGGGUACAAGCCCUGCCUCUGGUGCGCGAACUUGCUCAAGCGCGAUGCUCCACAGGCCGCAACGGGCUCUGGAAGGUUUGUUGAUAUCUGCGAAAGCAGAUUUCACAGCUUUCACAUCGCAUCUGACUCUGAGAUCUUCGCCGCGGCGGAUCACUUGGCUGCCAUUGCCACUGCAGGCGAACGCGCCAGGAUGCAGAAAGCAUAUGGUUUCAACUUCGUGCCAGGGUCACUGCUUCAAGACGCAGACACUCGAGAACGCCUGCCUCCCUCCUGCGCGUGCAAUGACGUGUUGCAUGCCUACUUUGUUAACGGGGUGGCCUCCUGGGAGGUAGGACUCGCCAUGCGCGAGCUCCAAAGCAUCCGCGAUCUGGAUGCCUUGUGGCAACUGGUGCAAGACGAAGGUUGGCAACCGCGCGCAGAGACUGCUGGAGAACUGAAGUCUUGCUUCCGGUCUACCCUCUACGACUCCAAUGAUGGUUUCAAAGGCAACGGUGCCCUGUGCUGGAACUUUGUUUUCUUGCUCUAUUAUCUUGUUCACAAGCUCCUACACAAGGCAGAGCUGAAGCCUGCAGUCUGCAGGAGUUUUUUCCUCUUGAAGAGCAUCUCUGCGGAGCUGCGACGCCUCAAGGCAAGUAAGCGACCCCUGGCUUCAGCUGAUGUGCAGAUGCUCCAUCGCUUACAGCAGCAGCAUCAAGAAGCCUGGCCGCAGGCGUGGGGUCGCGAAACCAUGCGGCCUAAGCAUCAUCAUAGAUUGCACCUGCCUGCGGGCUGUGUCACUCUGUCCUUUCUCCCCAACUGCGAAACCCAGGAAUCCAAGCACAGGGUCUACAAAUCCUACAUCGCUGCGCACCAAAGAGCUCACGUCAAUGUCAGUUCAAAAUUCCAGAUCGCGCUGCUCUCUCGCCUGCUCAAUGUGACGCUGAGAGAGUCUGAGGAACAUGGCUUACUCUUGCCUCCGGAGUUGCUGAAGCCCUUCCGACCAGCAUCCUGCGAACUGCGAGCUUUCGCCAGCGACCCCGAUCUCCAGUCCGGCAAAGCACUGCGCUUCGGCAAGCUGCUAAUCCGGCCUCAAGACGUCAUCAUGUGGGAUGAUAAAGCUGCUCAAGUGCUGGAAUGCUUCCGCGGAAGAUCCGGCUUCUGUGUGCUCACAGUGCGCCUGCAGCUUCUACGGAAGCAUGCUUGGGGGUCCGUCUGGCAAACUACUGACAGACAGACCUUGCUGCCCCUGACACCUUCUGCAGACAUCAAUCUGCCACUUUACAUGAGAUGCGUAGGCAACACAAUCUCGUGUCUGCAUUGA